AGAUCCAGGCCCAGCUCCGCAUGGCGACGCACGGCGAAGGGGGCUUCACCGUCUUUGUGGGCCUUAACGGCUCGAGGGAAGAGCUGGGGCUGGAGCCCACCAACUACUACGUUUACCCAGGAUGUGACCUGGAUGAAAUGGUGAGUCGCUACCUGGCGUCUCCCAGAGAAGAAGCUGCCAAGAACAUCCCCCUCCUCUUCAUCACCUGCCCCUCGGCCAAGGACCCCACCUGGGAAAAGAGGUACCCAGGCAAAUCCACGCUGGCCAUCGUGACCUUCGCCAAAUACGAGUGGUUUGAGGAGUGGAAGGACAAGCAGGUCCUGAAGCGGGGAGACGAGUACGAGGAGCUGAAGGGCACCUUUGUGGACACCAUCAUGCAGACCGUCUUCAAGCUCUACCCUCGCGUCGAGGACAGGAUCGAGUACAUCUCUGGGGGGACGCCCGUCACCAACCAGCACUACCUGGCCAGCCUGAAAGGGGAGUUUUACGGCAUGGACCACGACAUGGCGCGCCUGCAGGCCGAGACCAUCGCCACUUUCAGGGCGCAGACGGCCGUCCCCAACCUCUACCUGACAGGGCAGGAUCUGUGUCUGUCCGGCUUCAUGGGGGCGCUGCAGGGAGCCCUCAUGUGCGCCAGCGCCGUGCUGAAGCGCAACCUCUACGUGGACGCGGUGCAGCUGAAGAGGCGCACGCAGGCCGCCCGCGCCAAAAAGCUGGACUGA